AUGAGCUCCGCUGCCGACCUCCUUGCCGGCGACGGCACCCUGCGCCAGCGAACUGGUGUGACCUCCGAACCCGCCCUCUCAGCCGAGCACUCGGCCUCUAACCACCCUCUUGAAAAGGAGUCGCCCCGUCACGAUGUCAAUCACGGUACUCAGCAACAUGGCGAACCUGACAAGCCCAACAAGACUUAUGGGCGGACCCCAGAUGGGACCGUCUUCAUCGUUCCCACUACCCACGACAUGGUCAGCCAACUCUUCGACCCCCGUGAGCCCAAGAAUCUUUCCGAUGCCGUCGUCAUUGUGAUCCUCGCCUUGCACGUCCUGUUGGCCUACUUCCUGCCCGCCGAUCUCAGGAAGCCAGUCAUGGCUGCCGUCUUCGUCUUCUGGAGAGCCUCGUACAAUGUUGGCAUCGGCAUUCUGCUCAACGAACAGUCCAACGGUAAGCUGAUGGUGACGUGGGCCAAACGCUGGAGGCUGUUUGUGAACCCGUCCACCGGACAACAGCCCAGGACAUGGCUCUACAACCUCCUGAAGAAGGAGCUGGAGGCAAAGAUCCCCGAGGACUACAAGUUUGAGGAGGCUCCGCUCGAGUACAAUACCUGGCUCGUCUUCCGCCGGCUCGUCGAUUUGAUUCUGAUGUGUGACUUUGUGUCCUACUGCCUCUUCGCCAUUGUCUGCGCCCACGUGCCUGAGGGUGAAACCCCCAUGGUCUUCUUGUGUCGCUGGGUUGUAGGCGUGGCACUGUUCGUGUUCAACAUCUGGGUCAAGCUUGAUGCCCACCGAGUAGUGAAAGACUUCGCUUGGUACUGGGGUGACUUCUUCUACCUCGUCGACCAAGAGCUGACCUUUGACGGCGUCUUUGAGAUGGCGCCGCAUCCCAUGUACAGCAUUGGCUAUGCCGGGUACUAUGGUAUUUCUGCCAUGGCUGCCAGCUAUGAGGUCUUGUUCAUCUCGAUCGCGGCACAUCUUGCCCAGCUUGCCUUCCUGGUCGUGGUUGAGAACCCACACAUCGACAAGACAUACAAUCCCCCGGCCCCAAGGUCCAAGUCAGACUCGGAGCUGGACGCACCGGCCGAGCCCGUAGAUGAUGCGUCUAGAGAGGCACUGGCACCUGUGCACAAUCUUCUUGGCCUCCGGAACAUUGAUCUCUUCCGCUCCACGGACUACUCUGUCAUCGUGGCUUCAAUCUAUGUCGCCGUGCUUGCAAUUGCCACCCCAUCGACCCCGACUUACCAGGUGCUUUUCUUUCUCCAUGCUCUGUUGUGGAAGGUGUGGUACUGUGUCGGCAUCGGCAUCCUCUUGACCCUGCAAUCAAAGGAGAAAAUGAUCACACGCCACUUUGUCAAGUACGGAGAGAGCGCCGGAGAGGCCUGGCGACAGUGGAAGGGACUGUACCACUUCAGCAUGACUCUCUCCGUGGCGUCCUUUUGCGCGGUCUGCUGGAAGAUGUACAGUCUGCCGGAGGACUGGGCGCACGGCUGGGUUCUGUUGAGACAUGUCAUCGGUGUCAGUCUCAUCGCUUUGCAAAUCUGGACGUUCGUGAGCGUCUAUGACUCCCUUGGCGAGUUUGGCUGGUUCUACGGCGACUUCUUCUUUGACCACAAGGCGAAGCUGACCUACAACUCUAUCUAUCGCUUUCUGAAUAACCCCGAGCGCAUAAUAGGAUUGGCGGGUCUGUGGGGUGCCGCGGUGAUCACUUGGAGCAGAUCUAUCGCAUUGUUCGCUCUCCUGAGUCAGAUUCUUACCAUGGGUCACAUCGAAUUCGUUGAGAGACCACACAUGCACAAGGUGUAUGGGUCUGGGAAUCUUCGAGAGGAGGCUGGCCUCACCAAGUUUAUCAAGAACUCUCUUCCUCCCCCAGUCAAGGGUUGGUCCUCUAGCGUGGACAAAGUUUUGGAUGAGACUAGACACUUCGUCGACGAUGUCAUCACUACUGCCGGCCCGAUGCUUGCAAGUGGGGUGUCGAGCAUUGCUCGCGAUACCACAGCGCUUUUUAACAAGUACCCAGCCCGUCUUACCAUCACGCGGAUCCCUCCUGACUUGGCCGGCCUCAAUCCCAAGGACUACUCGUUGAGCCUCACCGGUACCUCUGCCACGGCACCACUGGGCGAGAGGGCAACCGGGAAGGAAAGUCUCACGGCCCGCGUGGACAAGGACUUCAAGACACACGUAUUUGAGUAUGGCGCUCCCAUCAGGGUCAAGUGGGCGGCUCCCGCAAACCAUAGCAAGAAGGACUGGGUCGGACUCUACAUGGUCACCGACAAUCGAUCGCGCGAAGUGACUGAGGUUCCGUCUUUGGGCCGCUGGAUUCCCACAUCCCCAGGGUUCUAUGGCGAAGCCGCCAACAUCGGCGCGGUCAAGUGGGACGAGCCGGUCCCCAACUCAGACCUGGUCUCGGGUGAGAUGGUGUUCGAAGGCGACAAGCUCUGGUGGACUCAGGGUGUGUUUGAGUUCCGCUACCACCACGACGGUACCCAUCAGGUCAUGUCGGUCAGCGAGCCGUUCGAAGUAGGCAUCGGCCGCUUCGAGGAGGACGAUGAGGCAGCGAUCGAAGCGGCCCUUCUCCCUGUCGUGCGCAACUGCCUGGACCGCAACAGUGACAUCGCGCCCAGCACGGUGGACGAACGGUUUGGUAGCCACGUGGAGAGGGACAGCAAGUAUGCCAAGCGCGUCGUAUACGCGAUCCGCAACAUGUUUGGCAUCGAGUUUGCACCGGCAGUGGUCCCAGCGGAUGGCAACGUGAGGAGAUUGGCUUGGAGGGUUUGUAAUGCGAAGCAGGUUCUGGCACCUUACUCCAUGUCACAGUCCAAGGGACCAUCCACACCCACAACGGACAAGUUCCCCGAGGAGCUGUAG